AUGGCCCAUCUAACGUGGGCUCAAAUCUCCGUGCCACGGCGACGUUCACCUCGCAUCUGGGAACUGCUGCGGGUCAAGCUCAACAAUGUGACAACAGAAAAAGACCAGUUACAGAUCAGUUGCUACAACCUGACUGAAGAGAGAGAUAGACUCCAGAAGAGACUUUCUGAAAUGGUUGUCUAUAAAUAUCACUGCAUGAAAGGCUCAGAUAUAUUCAGAGCUGGAGGGUUUUCUGUGAAGAACAGAAUGGAUAUUAACGACAGUGUUUAUUCCAAUACAGAAGAAACUGUAGAUUAUAGCUCGGAACUAAAUGACACUAAUGAUUUGUGGAAGAACCCUUGGAACAAAAAGUACCAAAAACUAAGGAGCUCAGGAGGCAUACGUUUUAGAGUGACCGUACUAUGUCUGUUACUGCUGAGUGUUCUCCUGCUGAUUGCUGUCGGAGUGCUGUGGGUCAAGCUCAACAAUGUGACAACAGAAAAAGACCAGUUACAGAACAGUUGCUACAACCUGACUGAAGAGAGAGAUAAACUCCAGAAGAGACUUUUUGAAAUGGAGAACCGUGAGAACCAAGGGAGAUAUUUUGUCACCCAUGAGAUGAAAGGCUGGCAUGAAGCCAGAAAAGACUGUCUAAAUGAAAACGCCGACCUGGUGAUUAUUAACAGCCAAGAGAAACAGGAGUACAUCACCAAAAAGUUCCCUGGUGUUGAAGCUUGGAUUGGUUUGAUUGACAUAGAAAUAGAGAAUGACUGGAAAUGGGUGGAUGGUACACCGCUAACCACUGAGUUUUGGUGGACUGGAGAACCCAAUGACUGGAGCAAUAAUGAGGACUGUGUUGUAAUUAACAGUAAAUUUGCAAAAUCUCCUGUGUCCACAUGGGCUGAUUAUCCUUGUCAUUUUCCUGUACGUGGGCUUUGCGAAAAAAAACAAAAACCCAAUAAGUAAAUAGCACAAAUCACUAUUGGGGCUCCAUACUAUUCGCACCUCUGUAUAAUAAAGUGCUUUAAAAUUUUUCCCCA